GUUUUUCUCUGGACACUUUAAAGAAAUUUCAUUUUGGUUGUAGUGGGAUGAUCAUGAAUACUUCAGCAUAAACUGUAAUAGCUAAAAUUUGUUCAUUGUCUAUUAUUGUAUUCAUGUAAUAUCUGAUAAGCUAGUCUCCUCAGUUUUCUGUGAUUAUGAAAUUCGAAAAAGGCAGCUAUAGAAGUUAGUACUGCGAUUUUUAAAGCUUUCCGCGUGGCCUGUUUUUGACUCUUGUUUGCUAAGUUUCAAAGGUAGCAGGCCCUAUGGCUGUAUGACUUUCUGAUUAUAUAUACUUGUGUGAUACAAUUACUCGUUUCAUGCCUUUUGCAUUUGUCACUGGAUAUGGGCAUAUUGUCAUCUGUAGUCAUGAGUGCUAAAAUGAAAUCCUCUAUGUGUGAUUUUAUCACUUAGAGUUGUUUCCUGCUUGCUUGAAACCAAAUAUACAUUGAUUGCAAUUGUAAACGAAUUUCCAGAAUUUUGGGGAAAGUAUUUUUAUUAUUUCUGUGCCUAGCGUACAACUUGAAGUGAAUGGCGAAUUCUUCAUGCCAUUGUGCACUUAUCAAAAGAAAAAAAUGUAAAUGAACUGGAGCUGCCUCAAGAGUUGACACAUAAUCCACUUUUUUGUGUCUGGUCUUUGCAAAGCAGAAGCACCCUUCUCUUAAUACUAGUGCAUGUAAAGGUACUAUAUCAUGAAAAGUUUAUAAUUCUUGAAUUAUGAUACAACGGCAAAGUAAGCCUUGCUCCCAACAAAUUUGAGGUUGGCAACAUGAAUUCUUUUUCGUCAUUUCAUUUAGUUCAGAACUACUAGAAGAUAUAGACAAUUAGAUCUUUAACACAACGGACCAUAUAGUUUUGGUCCAUUGUGCUCUCUUUUGACUUGCUCUAUUGAGAUUGUGUCAUCCUUAUGAACAGGAAUCUAAAGAGUUCUGCACAAAAUAUUCCCCAACCACCUAUGUCAUCAUUCCCUUGAUAUAUGCUCUAUCAAUACAACAUCCACUUGUUGGCUUAGAUUCCUAAAAUAUUUUAAUAUUAAAUAAUUCGUCACAAAAUCAAGUUGCGAGAAAAACGUUUAGCUGUUUUUUGAUGCUUGGCGAAGUUGACCUUGUUUGCAAUACUUCAUCAGAUUUAUUUACUAGUUGCUACUUUCUUUGCAGCCUUGUUUUCCGAGAACGGUAAAUUUCUUCUUUCUGCAAAAAGGAUUCGGAGAACCACUUGUAUGGAGUAUGUGAUAUCAAUGGAUGCUGAUAAUAUAUCGAGGUCACGCAGCAGUUACGUUGGAAAGUUGAGGUCCAAUUUCCUUGGAACAAAGUUCAUUAUUUAUGACAUACGGCCACCAUACAACUACUCUAACAAUUCCCCACCCCAGAGAACUGGCCGUCGAUACUACUCAAAAAAAGUUUCUCCGAAAGUCCCUACUGGAAGCUACAACAUUGCUCAGGUCACAUAUAAGCUCAAUGUGCUCGGAACUAGGGGCCCGCGUAGGAUGCAUUGCCUCAUGCAUUCAAUUCCUGCAUCUUCCCUUGAGCGCGGUUGUACUGUUCCUGGCCAACCCGAGCUUCUUUCCUGCUUUGAAGAUUCAUUCAGGAGUAUUUCCUUCUCUAAAUCAAUUGACAAUGCAACGGUGUUCGGCAGUGCCCGAUUUGCGGAGAUUGAAAAUUUACAGGAUCACGUGGAGGAAAGAAAAGAUAGACCUUUACUUCUUAAAAACAAGUCCCCGAGGUGGCAUGAACAGUUGCAGUGUUGGUGUCUUAAUUUCCGGGGAAGGGUAACAAUAGCCUCUGUCAAGAACUUCCAACUUGUUGCCGAUGCACAGCCAACUGCUGCUGGUGCACCUAUACCAUCCCAAGCUGCCCCGACUGAUCAUGACGAGAUCAUCUUGCAGUUUGGUAAGAUUGGCAAAGAUACGUUCACAAUGGAUUAUCAAUACCCUUUAUCUGCGUUUCAGGCUUUUGCCAUAUGUUUAAGCAGCUUCGACUCAAAAUUGGCUUGUGAAUAGAAGGAAAAAGACGGACGUUGUUUACUUUUAGUUUGCUAAAGAUGAUUUUGGUUGUAUUCUGUUGUAAUGCAAUCAUAUUAUGUUCAAAUUUGAAUACAACAAUCGACAAACUUUGUCACUUUCUCUCUCUCUCUCACUCUCUCUCCUUUUUUUUCCUUUUUUUUACAUCCAGUUGUCUCCAAUAUAGCAUAUCAGACACUCCAUUGUACUGCUUAAUCUUCUGAUAGGCCUUGAUAUAAGACUAGACAUCGAUUUUUACUUUUA